AUGAGCAAAGCAGCCACCGUCAAGGAGGCUGUCAAGGAAAGUCUUCUUGGUGCCGAGGAGCCCGUCCAGCUCUCUGCGCAGACUAAGGCCAGAUUUGUCGCCAAUGCCAUCAAAGAUGAGUCAACAGGAGAGCUCCUCAUGGGGCCUGAACAGUUCAUCAGCGCCGUUGCGCCCACGGAUGAGGACUAUCACAAAAUCAAGCGCGAACAGUACGGCAUUCUGUUUGGCGUCGCCGACCGUAGAGACGCGGGCAAGAUUACCCUCUCCGAAUGGGCUGCCUUCGAGAACUUGUUGAUGAAGCCCGACGCCGAGUACGAGAUUGCUUUCCGCCUCUUCGAUGUCGAUAGGACUGGAAACGUCAAGUAUGAGGAUUUCCGAAAGCUUUAUGAGCUCAACAAGGGACCCGACAGCAUCCCCUUCGACUGGGAGUGCGAAUGGGCCAAGCUAUACAUUGGUAGCAAGAAGAAGCGCCACCACAUGGACUACCCCCAAUUCUCCCAGAUGUUGCGAGGGCUCCAGGGCGAGAGAAUUCGCCAGGCCUUCCAGCUUUUCGACAACGACGGCGAUGGCUUCAUCAAUCCCGAGGACUUCGAGCGCAUCAUCCGCGAGACCUCCAAGCACAAGCUCUCCGAUCACUUGCUCGAGAACCUGUCCACUCUCUGCAACAUCUCGCUUGGUAGCAAGGUCUCUUACGCCAACGUUCGUGCUUUCCAGAACAUGAUCAAGGAGAUUGAUCUUGUUGAGCUCAUUGUGCGCCGUGCCUGCGCCAAGAGCCCUGAUGGCAAGAUCACCAGGACCGAAUUCCUCAACCAGGCCGCCAAAAUCACUCGAUUCUCCCUUUUCACCCCCAUGGAGGCUGACAUUCUCUUCCACUUUGCCAGUCUUGAUGAGCCCUCCGGCCGCCUGGGCCUUUCUGAUUUUGCCAAGGUCCUUGAUCCGUCAUGGAGAAAUGCAAUCUACGAGACCGACGACUCUGCUCAGCGAGCUCUCGCCAACAGCGCCUCGACGGGCAAGGCGGCACUCAGUCGGGUUCUUGAGUCAAGCUACAAUUUCGCCUUGGGUAGCUUGGCUGGUGCCUUUGGUGCCUUUAUGGUUUACCCCAUCGACCUCGUCAAGACGCGCCUGCAGAACCAGAGAGGUGCUAGACCUGGUGAGCGUUUGUACAACAACUCAAUUGACUGCUUCCGGAAGGUGUGGAGAAAUGAGGGCCUUCGAGGACUGUACUCUGGUGUUCUGCCUCAGCUCGUUGGUGUUGCCCCCGAGAAAGCCAUUAAGCUGACGGUGAACGAUCUCGUCCGCGGCCAUUUCACCAACAAGGAGGGCAAGAUUUGGUAUGGCCACGAGAUUCUUGCUGGUGGUACAGCUGGCGCCUGCCAAGUUGUCUUCACCAACCCCCUUGAAAUCGUCAAGAUUCGCCUCCAGGUCCAGGGUGAGGUCGCCAAGACAGUUGAGGGAGCCCCCAGGAGAUCUGCCAUGUGGAUUGUCCGCAACUUGGGUCUUGUUGGCCUGUACAAGGGUGCUUCCGCCUGUCUCCUGCGCGACGUUCCCUUUUCUGCGAUCUACUUCCCUACCUACAGCCACUUGAAGAAGGAUUUCUUUGGUGAAUCGCCCACGAAGAAACUGGGUGUGCUCCAGCUUCUUACCGCAGGUGCCAUCGCUGGUAUGCCCGCCGCUUACCUUACGACACCAUGCGAUGUCAUCAAGACGCGGCUUCAGGUUGAGGCACGCAAGGGCGAGGCGACUUAUACCGGCCUCCGUCAUGCCGCCAAGACGAUAUGGAAAGAGGAAGGCUUCCGUGCUUUCUUCAAGGGUGGCCCUGCCAGAAUUUUCCGUUCGUCUCCCCAGUUUGGUUUCACCCUUGCUGCGUACGAAGUCCUGCAGAGCGUCAUUCCAUACCCCGGCAAGGCGGAGUCGGCAAAGGUUCACACCGGCGUCGGCGAGGCUGUUUCGACCCUGAGGGAGAAGCUGGACACCAGUCCUUUUGCUCGCAGCCGCAACGCGCUCAAGAUCAUCCUUGAUAUCGACGAAGAUUUUGGCAAGGUCAAGGUGCCUAGUCAAGAGACCUGGAAGAAGUUGCCCCCUUUCAUGCAGGCUAAUGGAAACACAUCCGCAUGA